AUGAAACUCUUUACCAACACACUCGACACAGUGAAACUCUAUACCAACAUACUCUCCACAGUGAAACUCUUUACCACCACACUCACCACAGUGAAACUCUAUACCAAAGCACUCAACACAGUGAAACUCUUUCCCAACACACUCACCACAGUGAAACCCUUUACCAACACACUCAACACAGCGAAACUCUAUACCAACGCACUCACCACAGUGAACCUCUUUACCAACACACUCAACACAUUGAAACUCUUUACCAACACACCCUCCGCAGUGAAACUCUUUACCAACACAGUCAACACAGUGAAACUCUUUACCAGCACACUCUCCACAGUGAAACUCUAUACCAACCUACUCACCACAGUGAAACUCUUUAUUAACACACUCUCCACAGUGAAACUAUAUACCAACACACUCACCACAGUUAAACUCUUUACCAACACACUCAACGCAGUGAAACUCUAUACCAACGCAAUCAACACAGUGAAACUCUUUACCAACAUACUCACCAGAGUGAAACUUUUUACCAACACCCUUCCCACAGUUAAACUCUAUACCAACACACUUACCACAGUUAAACUCUAUACCAACAAACUCAUCACAGUGAAACACUUUACCAACACACUCUCCACAGUGAAUCUCUAUACCAACACACUCUCCACAGUGAAACUCUUUACCAACACACUCACCAGAGUGAAACUUUUUACCAACACACUUACCACAGUUAAACUCUAUACCAACACACUCAUCACAGUGAAACUCUAUACCAACACACUCCCCGCAGUAAAACUCUUUACCACCAUACCAUAUAACUGGCUCAUAUAG